CACACUCGCACACACACUCGCAUUCCAGGGCCAGAGGUCCCUGCGCGGCUUUUCUGAGUGUUACGGCGCGCUCCUCCCGCCCCCGCGACACACACACACACACACACACACACACACACACGAGCAUUCCAGGGCCAGAGGUCCUCUGCGCGGCUUUUCUGAGCAUUACGGUGCGCUCCUCCCGCCCUUGCGACACACACACGCGCACACGCACACACUCGCACACACACUCGCAUUCCAGGGCCAGAGGUCCCUGCGCGGCUUUUCUGAGUGUUACGGCGCGCUCCUCCCGCCCCCGCGACACACACACACACACACACACACACACACACACGAGCAUUCCAGGGCCAGAGGUCCUCUGCGCGGCUUUUCUGAGCAUUACGGUGCGCUCCUCCCGCCCUUGCGACACACACACGCGCACACGCACACACUCGCACACACACUCGCAUUCCAGGGCCAGAGGUCCCUGCGCGGCUUUUCUGAGUGUUACGGCGCGCUCCUCCCGCCCCCGCGACACACACACACACACACACACACACACACGAGCAUUCCAGGGCCAGAGGUCCCUGCGCGGCUUUUCUGAGCAUUACGGUGCGCUCCUCCCGCCCCCGCGCGGCGCGGGCAGGGACCCACCGGUUCCGCUCCGCACCAGCAGCGGAGACCUGACCCUAGGGAGCGGGACCCCGCCGUCCCGACGCUCUGCUCGGUUCAGGCUACAGGCCCGUAUGGAGGGGACUGCAGAGUCCCAGACGCCUGAUCUGCGAGACGUGGAGAGCAAGGUGGGCAGGAAGACCCCCGAAGGGCUGCUCCGCGGGCUUCGCGGGGAACGGGAGCCGGGACCCUCCGGCACCCUGCUGCUCCCCGGGGCGCCGAGCUCGGGCCAUGGGCUGGGGGACAAGAUCAUGGCGGUGAAGAUGGAGCUGGCUUACCUGCGAGCCAUUGACGUGAAGAUCCUACAGCAGCUGCUGACUUUGAAUGAGGGCAUUGAGGCGCUCCGCUGGCUGUUGGAAGAACGGGGAACAUUGACCAGCCACUGCAGCAGCCUCACCAGCAGUCAAUAUAGCCUGACAGGUGGGAGCCCAGGCCACUCAAGGAGAGGCAGCUGGGACAGCCUGCCAGACGUCAGCUCCACUGACCAGCUGGACAGUGUCUCCAUUGGCAGUUUCCUGGACACCGUGGCACCCCCUGAGCUGGAUGAACCGGGCAACCUUAGGGCUCCCCAUCCUGAGAUGGUCUGGGCAAAGGUUAUACCUGGUGGGGAGAGGGCCAGGACUGAGUUGGACCUGUCAGCCACCAAGCUAGGGAACUUGAGGGCUGUGUGGAAGCCCCCAGAGGAGGGGCUCCAAGGUGGACCUCCUGAGCCACCAGAGGAUGAAAAUGCCGAGCUGGGCUUUGAGGUCCACUGGUACUGGGGGCAGUGCCAGGAUGAUGUGACCUUCCUGUAACAACAUUUCCACCCUUUUGUUCUGCUGUGGCUCUUUCUUCACUAGGCCCUAGUCUCCCUUGAAAUUCAUUCUCUCUCAAUUUGGGACUAGGAAGAGGCUGCAUUGAAAUCAGUUACCAUGGAAAUCUGGCCUCACCAUCUUUUUGGUCCUUGGGGAGGCUGUGCUCUAUCCCUCAAUUAUUGGGUCCCUAGAGCUAUAUAUAUAUUUUUUCCAUAGAUAUAUUAACUCUAGAGCAGGGGUGGGAAACGUUCAGCCUAUGGUCCGCAUAAGGAAAUCAUUUGGUUUGGCCCUGCCAAGGCAUUAGGGAUGAGUUAACUAAAUGUUUGACCAAGUAUAGCAGGCUAAUAUUUAAGUUGGUAAUUUAUAUGGCCCGUGAACGAUGUUAUAAAUACCCAAAUAGCCCUUGGCAGAAGUUUCCCCAACCCUGCUCUUGAGGGUGUGAUGGUCUCUCUUUCCUUUUCCUCCAUAACUACGUACGGAUUUGAAGGAUUUAGGGCCCUUAGGAGGUCACUCAUGAAGAGAUGUGAGAAUAAUGGCUUCACUCAAUGUCUAAGAGCCUUGGCUGUCUUCUCCUCUCCCUCCCCCCCAAACCUUGGCCAAGAUGGAUGGCUGUGGAGGGACAUGGUCACUCAGGGCCAACCCUCCAUGGAUUAGUCUUCCUAGUAACCUUUGGGGUUGGUAGAACCACGGUUUCCUGUUUGGUGAGUGAUGUCAUUGCCUGCCAGGAUGGAUUAGCCUUUCCACUGUACCAGUCCUUUGGUGGUAAUAGGUCAGUAUAGCGGUAUCCGAACCCCUGCUGCUAAGUGAGACCAUGCCAUUUAUUCUCCAAACCAUUACUUCUUGUGAGGGAGAACAUACCACCCCUCCUGGCAAGAAACUUUCUCACUGUCAGAUAUUUACGCUUCUUUUCAGAAAGGUUCAUACUUUUUAAACAGGGUUAUUCUCAUUUCAUCCUAGGGGAUCUCACUUCCUCUGUAACCACAUCCCUGCCUGGUGCCAGCACUCCUAUAUCUGUGCUUCUAGGGAGGGAAACUGGCAAGGGCUUCCACCUACUGCUCUCAAAAGUCCUGGCCUGCCCUGCCACAGUCAGUUCGUGUUUUACCCCGUCCCUGGGUUGUCCCGGUUCUUGUAUUCUGGCUCCAAAUCUGUCUGCCAGGAGGUUCAGCCUUUGUGUCUCCACACCUUCUCAGUUUCCACUUCCACUUCAGGCCUCGGGCCUUUUAUAUGCAGAUGAGUCCCCAUUGCUUAGGGAGGACAAGCUUGAGGUCUCAGAGCUCUGGAGGUGUACCAGAAUCUCCAAAGUGAGGAGGUGUCUUCUUUUCUAAUCCCGUGAUUCCCCCUCCCCCACCUGGCCCCGACCCUCUACCAUUUGAUCAAAAGGACCUGCCCAGAGACUGGGACACAGGAAUCCCCUUGUUUGAAUUACAAUGGGGGGUGUGGUGUGGCAGGGAAAGACAGAGGCUCUUUAGUUCUAGGGCCCACAUCCCGAGGAGGAGGGAGAGAUUGAGGGAAAGGCCACUUUCCUUCCUCCCUUAGAGCCAGCCCUAGACUCCUAGGACCUGAGGAGGGAGCAGGGGACUGGCUCUGGGCCUGGGUCCCAGGGCCCUAAAGAAUUGCACCAAAGAAGGAAUUCAGGGAAGCUGCCAACCUGAGGCUCAGGGAGGGGACAAGGAGACAAGGGUUGAUGUCAAAGAAUGAAUUCUUGGAAAUUAACCCUUUGAACCCCAGGUAACUGCCCAUAAGUCGGUCCCUAUCUUUCCUGGGCCCUGAAACUAGAUUAUUGGAAGGCGAAAAGGAUAUCAGGUGAUCUUUGCCUAUUUGCUGUACCCUCCUGAGUUGUAGGAGUCAUCCCCAAAUCCUAGAAUAACUGCUGCAAUUUCUCUACUUUUCAUUCUAUGCUGAGAAGGGAAGGAAGCCAGGUUGAUCAUCUCCACUUCCCCUAAACUCCUCAAUUCUUAUUCUGCACCCCGACCCCAAUCAUUGUGGGACAAUACAUUCAGUCCAUGGCUGUCCUCUAAAGACCCUCUCUCCUCCUCCCAUCCCCUCAAUGUGAUUGAUAUCACUAAAAUAUAUUCUUAGCCUCUCCUCUGCUGCCCACCAGCCCUCCCCUUACCACCCCUCUUGGUCUUGGGGCUCCUGACCCCCUACCCCCACCCCCGGGGCUGAAAAUUCAAAUACCCUUUUCUAAUUCCUACUCUGUUGCCAUUUUGUAGUGUGCCCUUGGGGAACUGCUUUGUAUUCCUUUUUGAAGCUUGCUUAUUUGUUUAGUCUACAAACUUCCGAGCUGAAGAAGUUGCCUGCCACCUUGUGGUCAUUAUGCACCAUUGCCAUGAGUGGCUGGGGGAACCUCCAAAUUCAAACACAGCCUUACAGAAGACCAGCCCCUUCAGAGCACAGACAGACUGGAGAGACAGGCCUAGAGAGUCAGAGACUUGCCCAGUGUCAUCCAUGGCAAUGCCCAGGUUAGAGAACCCAGGUGUCUCCCGUCUGCUUGCCUGCCCACAGUUCUAUCACUUGGUUAGACUGUUCCUCCACCUCACCCAGUUAAUACACCCAAGCCUAAAGGGACUGAAAGCAAUUUUUCCCUAUUUUAUUUU